AGCAAGGCGAAAUUUCCGGCGUCACUACAGGGCACUCCAGAAAGUUCUGCACCGCGGCAGCGUAUAAAUAAAGCCAGCCAUCUUUCAAGGAAGGAAAGCCACACGCCAGCUGAUACGACUAGUGUGCGAGCUGGUAACGUGGGUUCUCCCGGCGUUUGAUUCACUAUCGAGAUACGUUGUAAAGACGCGUGUGUAAGCGUUAAGAUCAUCUGCAGUCAAGAUGGUUCGGGAAACCGGUUAUUACGACCUUUUAGGAGUAAAUCCCAAAGCCUCUCCUGAUGAAAUUAAGAAAGCAUACAGAAAACUGGCUUUGAAAUAUCAUCCGGACAAAAACCCCAGCGAAGGAGAGAGGUUUAAGCUGAUUUCUCAGGCCUACGAGGUCCUAUCAGAUCCAAAGAAGAGAGAUCUCUAUGACCAAGGUGGGGAGCAGGCUAUCAAGGAAGGUGGGAGUGGUGGAGAUUUCUCCUCUCCAAUGGACAUUUUUAACAUGUUCUUUGGAGGGGGAGGAAGAAUGCAGAGAGAGAGACGAGGGAAGAAUGUUGUUCACCAGCUUAGUGUAACACUGGAUGAGAUGUACAAUGGUGCAACCAGGAAACUAGGCCUCCAGAAGAAUGUAAUCUGUGAAAAAUGCGAUGGCUAUGGAGGGAAAAAAGGCACUUUGGAGAAGUGCUCAUCCUGCAAAGGGAGGGGCGUUCAGAUCCAGGUGCAGCAGAUAGGCCCGGGCAUGAUCCAGCAGAUCCAGAGCAUGUGUUCGGACUGCCAGGGCCAGGGCGAGAGGUUCAGCUCCAAGGACCGCUGCAAGGUCUGCAAUGGCCACAAAGUGGAACGCAAGAAGAAGAUCCUGGAAGUCCACAUUGAUAAAGGUAUGAAAGAUGGCCAAAAGAUUACAUUCCACGGGGAGGGUGACCAAGAGCCUGGGCUGGAACCCGGCGAUGUCAUAAUUGUCCUGGACCAGAAAGAUCAUCCAGUGUUCCAGAGGCAGGAGGACAACCUCAUCAUGAAGAUGGAAAUCAAGCUGGUGGAAGCAUUAUGUGGGUUCAAAAAGACCAUCUGUACCCUUGACAACAGAACGCUCAUUAUCAGCUCACCACCAGGUCAGGUUGUUAAGCACAAUGAUAUCAAAUAUGUCCAGAACGAAGGCAUGCCUGUGUACAGGGACCCCUAUGAGAAAGGACAGCUCAUUAUUCAGUUCAUGGUGGAGUUCCCAGAAAAACACUGGCUCCCCGUUCACAUGCUACCCCAGCUGGAAGCCCUGCUGCCUGAGAGAGAAGACGUGAUGAUCACGGAUGACAUGGAGGAGGUGGACCUGACUGAAAUGGACUACGAGUCCCAGCGGAGGAGUUACAGCGGCGAGGCCUACGAAGAGGAUGAUAGUCCUCGGGGCGGGGUGCAGUGCCAGACACAGUGAAUGCAGCUCCAUAACGGAGCCCACCGCGUUACGUCCUCAUGCAUGCUCCUUCUCCAUGUGUAGCCCGAUUUUUGUAAAUGAUCAGUCAGGAAGGUAAAGGAAUAAUCCCUCAAGGGACCAUGCAACAAAACUUGCACACCCCCGAAUAAUUUUUUCUUUAACGUACAUUUACAUUACAAAACCAGCCCUUGAGUGAACACAGGAACAUCUAUGCUUUCUAUGAAGGUAACACUUCCAUUUUGUGUACAUGUUCAUGAUUAUCUAUGUAUUUAUUAUGCACCCCAAAUAAAAUCUUUUUUGUAAGCUGUGAUGCAGGGCUGGGGGUGACCCCUGUAUGUGGUGAAGAGAAAAAAACAAAAAUUG